AUCCAUGUAGGAGUAAUGGAUAAUGAUGGUGGACGUAGUUUAGUUCACAAGACAGAUGGGCGUAAAACAUAUGACGGUUCCAUUAACAAUGGAGUGAAAUCAAGUAAAUGUGGUCCCUGGCCUAAAUCAUUUGAAUUCUACAUGCUUUCCUCAAGUUCAGAAUCCUUUAGUUCAGAAUCCUCUAGUUCAGAAUCCUAUAGUUCAGAAUCCUAUGAAGAAUCCUAUGAAGAAUCCUAUGAAGAAUCCUACGAAGAAUCCUACGAAGAAUCAUCUGAAGAAUCAUCCGAAGAAUCUUCUGAAGAAUCUUCUGAAGAAUCAUCUGAAGAAUCAUCUGAAGAAUCAUCUGAAGAAUCUUCUGAAGAAUCUCAAUCUAUUUCUGCUUCCAGCUCAUCAGAAGAAGAAGACUGGCCAAGUGAAGAAGAGGAACAACCACAUUAUACAUCCAAAACAAACAAAGGACAAAGGCCUGGCAGAAAAAAUAAACAAAAGAAAACCUCAGAUAAAAUCAAAACAACUAAUCCAAACAACAAACACAGGACUAGAAAGGACCAAGGACUAGAUGAAGACUCACCAAGUGAUGAAGAUGUGAAGUCACUGGAUACAAAGAAACUAAAAAAAAAGCGCAGGACAACUGGUAAGCCAAAAACACCUGGAAGUAAAAAGCCCCAAGAUACAAAUCAAGAAUCAAAUAGACACAAAAAAACUGAUCCAAACAAAACACAUAAUAGUGGAAAGCCAAAAGGAAAAUACUACAGACCAGAUGAAGAUACUCCAAAUAAUGAAGAGGAUCCAAAGAAACCAAAUGAUAGACUAGGGCCAAAUAGAAAACCCAAAAAGCCUGUAACUCAAAAGCCAACCGGAAAAGACCAAAAAACAGAUAAAGAAUCACCAAGUAAUGAAAAGGAUGACCCACUGGAUCCAAACGAAACAAAUGAUGGGCAAAAGCCAAUAAGAAAUCCCGGAAAAUCUGGUACAAAACGACCACGUGAUCCAAAUCAACCCUCAGAUGGACGCGAACCAACUGAUCCAGACAAAAAACCUGCCACUAGAUAUCCAACUAGAAAAGGCAAAACACCUGGUGAAGAAUCAACAAGUGAUGAAAAGGAUGACCCACUGGUUCCAAACGAAGGAAAUGAUGGGCAAAAGCCAAUAAGAAAUCCCGGAAAAUCUGGUACAAAACGACCACAUGAUCCAAAUCAACCCUCAGAUGGACGCGAACCAACUGAUCAAGACGAAAUACCCGGCACUAGACAUCCAACCGGAAAAGACAAAAGACCAGAUAAAGAAUCGUCAAGUGAUGAAAAGGAUGACCCACUGGAUCCAAACGAGGCAAAUGAUGGGCAAAAGCCAAUAAGAAAUCCCGGAAAAUAUGGUACAAAACUACCACGUGAUCCAAAUCAACCCUCAGAUGAACGCAAACCAACUGAUCAAGACGAAAAACCUGGCACUAGACAUCCAACCGGAAAAGACAAAAGACCUGAUAAAGAAUCACCAAGUGAUGAAAAGGAUGACCCACUGGAUCCAAACGAGGCAAAUGAUGGGCAAAACCCAAUAAGAUAUCCCGGAAAAUCUGGUACAAAACGGCCACAUGAUCCAAAUCAACGCUCAGAUGGACACGAACCAACUGAUCAAGACGAAAAAUCUGGCACUAGACAUCCAACCAGAAAAGACAAAAGACCUGAUAAAGAAUCACCAAGUAAUGAAAAGGAUGACCCACUGAUUCCAAACGAAGCAAUAGGAAAUCCUGGAAAAUCUGGUACAAAACGACCACAAGAUCCAAAUCAACCCUCAGAUGGACGCGAACCAACUGACCCAGACAAAAAAUCUGCCACUAGACAUCCAACCGGAAAAGACAAAAGACCUGGUAAAGAAUCACCAAGUGAUGAAAAGGUAGACCCACUGGUUUCAAACAAAGCAAAUGAUGGGCAAAAUCCAAUAAGAAAUCCCGGAAAACCUGGUACAAAACGGCCACGUGAUCCAAAUCAACCCUCAGAUGGACGCGAACCAACUGAACAAGAUGAAAAACCUGGCACUAGACAUCCAACCGGAAAAGACAAAAGACCUGAUAAAGAAUCACCAAGUGAUGAAAAGGAUGACCCACUGGUUCCAAACGAAGCAAAUGAUGGGCAAAAGCCAAUAAGAAAUCCCGGAAAAUCUGGUACACAACGACCACGUGAUCCAAAUCAACCCUCAGAUGGACGCGAACCAACUGAUCAAGAUGAAAAAUCUGGCACUAGACAUCCAACCAGAGAAGACAAAAGACCUGAUAAAGAAUCACCAAGUGAUGAAAAGGAUGACCCACUGGUUCCAAACAAAGCAAAUGAUGGGCAAAAGCCAAUAAGGAAUCCCGGAAAAUCUGGUACAAAACGACCACAUGAGCCAAAUCAACCCUCAGAUGGACGCGAACCAACUGAUCAAGACGAAAAACCUGGCACUAGACAUCAAACCAGAGAAGACAAAAGACCUGAUAAAGAAUCACCAAGUGAUGAAAAGGAUGACCAACUGGAUCCAAACGAAGCAAAUGAUGGGCAAAAGCCAAUAAGAAAUCCCGGAAAAUCUGGUACAAAACGACCACGUGAUCCAAAUCAACCCUCAGAUGGAAGUGAACCAACUGAUCAAGACGAAAAUCCUGGCACUAGACAUCCAACCGGAAAAGGCAAAAGACCUGAUAAAGAAUCACCAAGUGAUGAAAAGGAUGACCCACUGGAUCCAAACGAAGCAAAUGAUGGGCAAAAGCCAAUAAGAAAUCCCGGUAAAUCAGGUACAAAACGACCACGUGAUCCAAAUCAACCCUCAGAUGGACGCGAACCAACAGAUCAAGACGACAAUCCUGGCACUAGACAUCCAACCAGAAAAGACAAAAGACCUGAUAAAGAAUCACCAAGUGAUGAAAAGGAUGACCCACUGGAUCCAAACAAAGCAAAUGAUGGGCAAAAGCCAAUGAGAAAUCCCGGAAAAUCUGGUACAAAAAGACCACGUGAUCCAAAUCAACCCUCAGAUGGACGUGAACCAACUGAUCAAGACGAAAAACCUGGCACUAGACAUCCAACCGGAAAAGACAAAAAACCUGAUAAAGAAUCACCAAGUGAUGAAAAGGAUGACCCACUGGAUCCAAACGAAGCAAAUGAUGGGCAAAAUCCAAUAAGAAAUCCCGGAAAAUCUGGUACAAAACGACCACGUGAUCCAAAUCAACCCUCUGAUGGACGCGAACCAACUGAUCAAGACGAAAAACCUGGCACUAGACAUCCAACCGGAAAAGGCAAAAGACCUGAUAAAGAAUCACCAAGUGAUGAAAAGGAUGACCCACUGGAUCCAAACGAAGCAAAUGAUGGGCAAAAGCCAAUAAGAAAUCCCGGAAAAUCUGGUACAAAACGACCACGUGAUCCAAAUCAACCCUCAGAUGGACGUGAACCAACUGAUCAAGACGAAAAACCUGGCACUAGACAUCCAACCGGAAAAGACAUAAGACCUGAUAAAGAAUCACCAGGUGAUGAAAAGGAUGACCCACUGGAUCCAAACGAAGCAAAUGAUGGGCAAAAGCCAAUAAGAAAUCCCGGAAAAUCUGGUACAAAACGACCACGUGAUCCAAAUCAACCCUCUGAUGGACGCGAACCAACUGAUCAAGACGAAAAACCUGGCACUAGACAUCCAACCGGAAAAGGCAAAAGACCUGAUAAAGAAUCACCAAGUGAUGAAAAGGAUGACCCACUGGAUCCAAACGAAGCAAAUGAUGGGCAAAAGCCAAUAAGAAAUCCCGGAAAAUCUGGUACAAAACGACCACGUGAUCCAAAUCAACCCUCAGAUGGACGUGAACCAACUGAUCAAGACGAAAAACCUGGCACUAGACAUCCAAACGGAAAAGACAUAAGACCUGAUAAAGAAUCACCAGGUGAUGAAAAGGAUGACCCACUGGAUCCAAACGAAGCAAAUUAUGGGCAAAAGCCAAUAAGAAAUUCCGGAAAAUCUGGUACAAAACGACCACGUGAUCCAAAUCAACCCUCUGAUGGACGCGAACCAACUGAUCAAGACGAAAAACCUGCCACUAGACAUCCAACCGGAAAAGGCAAAAGACCUGAUAAAGAAUCACCAAGUGAUGAAAAGGAUGACCCACUGGAUCCAAACGAAGCAAAUGAUGGGCAAAAGCCAAUAAGAAAUCCCGGAAAAUCUGGUACAAAACAACCACGUGAUCCAAAUCAACCCUCUGAUGGACGCGAACCAACUGAUCAAGACGAAAAACCUGGCACUAGACAUCCAACCGGAAAAGGCAAAAGACCUGAUAAAGAAUCACCAAGUGAUGAAAAGGAUGACCCACUGGAUCCAAACGAAGCAAAUGAUGGGCAAAAGCCAAUAAGAAAUCCCGGAAAAUCUGGUACAAAACGACCACGUGAUCCAAAUCAACCCUCAGAUGGACGUGAACCAACUGAUCAAGACGAAAAACCUGGCACUAGACAUCCAAACGGAAAAGACAUAAGACCUGAUAAAGAAUCACCAGGUGAUGAAAAGGAUGACCCACUGGAUCCAAACGAAGCAAAUGAUGGGCAAAAGCCAAUAAGAAAUUCCGGAAAAUCUGGUACAAAACGACCACGUGAUCCAAAUCAACCCUCUGAUGGACGCGAACCAACUGAUCAAGACGAAAAACCUGGCACUAGACAUCCAACCGGAAAAGGCAAAAGACCUGAUAAAGAAUCACCAAGUGAUGAAAAGGAUGACCCACUGGAUCCAAACGAAGCAAAUGAUGGGCAAAAGCCAAUAAGAAAUCCCGGAAAAUCUGGUACAAAACAACCACGUGAUCCAAAUCAACCCUCUGAUGGACGCGAACCAACUGAUCAAGACGAAAAACCUGGCACUAGACAUCCAACCGGAAAAGGCAAAAGACCUGAUAAAGAAUCACCAAGUGAUGAAAAGGAUGACCCACUGGAUCCAAACGAAGCAAAUGAUGGGCAAAAGCCAAUAAGAAAUCCCGGAAAAUCUGGUACAAAACGACCACGUGAUCCAAAUCAACCCUCAGAUGGACGUGAACCAACUGAUCAAGACGAAAAACCUGGCACUAGACAUCCAACCGGAAAAGACAAAAGACCUGAUAAAGAAUCACCAGGUGAUGAAAAGGAUGACCCACUGGAUCCAAACGAAGCAAAUGAUGGGCAAAAGCCAAUAAGAAAUCCCGGAAAUUCUGGUACAAAACGACCACGUAAUACAAAUCAACCCUCAGAUGGACGUGAACCAACUGAUCAAGACGAAAAACCUGGCACUAGACAUCCAACCGGAAAAGACAUAAGACCUGAUAAAGAAUCACCAGGUGAUGAAAAGGAUGACCCACUGGAUCCAAACGAAGCAAAUGAUGGGCAAAAGCCAAUAAGAAAUCCCGGAAAAUCUGGUACAAAACGACCACGUGAUCCAAAUCAACCCUCUGAUGGACGCAAACCAACUGAUCAAGACGAAAAACCUGGCACUAGACAUCCAACCGGAAAAGGCAAAAGACCUGAUAAAGAAUCACCAAGUGAUGAAAAGGAUGACCCACUGGAUCCAAACGAAGCAAAUGAUGGGCAAAAGCUAAUAAGAAAUCCCGGACAAUCUGGUACAAAACGACCACGUGAUCCAAAUCAACCCUCAGAUAGACGCAAACCAACUGAUCCAGACAAAAAACCUGUUACUAGAAAUCCAACUAAAAAAGGAGAAAGACCUGGAGAAGAAUCCCCAAGUGAUGAAACGGAAGACCCACUGGAUCCAAACGAGGCAAAUGAUGGGCAAAAGCCAAUAAGAAAUCCCGGAAAAUCUGGUACAAAACGACCACGUGAUCCAAACCAACCCUCAGAUGGACGCGAACCAACUGAUCAAGACGAAAAACCUGGCACUAGACAUCCAACCGGAAAAGACAAAAGACCUGAUAAAGAAUCACCAAGGGAUGAAAAGGAUGACCCACUGGAUCCAAACGAAGCAAAUGAUGGGCAAAAGCCAAUAAGAAAUCCCGGAAAAUCUGGUACAAAACGACCACGUGAUCCAAAUCAACCCUCUGAUGGACGUGAACCAACUGAUCAAGAUGAAAAAACUGCCACUAGAUAUCCAACUAGAAAAGGCAAAAUACCUGGUGAAGAAUCAACAAGUGAUGAAAAGGAUGACCCACUGGUUCCAAACAAAGCAAAUGAUGGGCAAAAGCCAAUAAGAAAUUCCGGAAAAUCUGGUACAAAACUACCACGUGAUCCAAAUCAACCCUCAGAUGGACGCGAACCAACGGAUCAAGACGAAAAUCCUGACACUAGACAUCCAACCAGAAAAGACAAAAGACCUGAUAAAGAAUCACCAAGUAAUGAAAAGGACGACCCACUGGUUCCAAGCGAAGAAAAUGAUGGGCAAAAGCCAAUAAGAAAUCCCGGAAAAUCUGGUACAAAACGACCACGUGAUCCAAAUCAACCCUCAGAUGGACGUGAACCAACUGAUCAAGACGAAAAACUUGGCACUAGACAUCCAACCGGAAAAGACAAAAGACCUGAUAAAGAAUCACCAAGUGAUGAAAAGGAUGACCCACUGGAUCCAAACGAAGCAAAUGAUGGGCAAAAGCCAAUAAGAAAUCCCGGAAAAUCUGGUACAAAACGACCACGUGAUCCAAAUCAACCCUCAGAUGGACGCGAACCAACGGAUCAAGACGAAAAUACUGGCACUAGACAUCCAACCAGAAAAGACAAAAGACCUGAUAAAGAAUCACCAAGUGAUGAAAAGGAUGACCCACUGGAUCCAAACGAGGCAAAUGAUGGGCAAAAGCCAAUAAGAAAUCCCGGAAAAUCUGGUACAAAACGACCACGUGAUCCAAAUCAACCCUCUGAUGGACGCGAACCAACUGAUCAAGACGAAAAACCUGGCACUAGACAUCCAACCGGAAAAGGCAAAAGACCUGAUAAAGAAUCACCAAGUGAUGAAAAGGAUGACCCACUGGAUCCAAACGAAGCAAAUGAUGGGCAAAAGCCAAUAAGAAAUCCCGGAAAAUCUGGUACAAAACGACCACGUGAUCCAAAUCAACCCUCAGAUAGACGCAAACCAACUGAUCCAGACAAAAAACCUGCAACUAGAUAUCCAACUAAAAAAGGCGAAAGACCUGGUGAAGAAUCCCCAAGUGAUGAAACGGAUGACCCACUGGUACCAAAUGAACCAAAUGAUGGGCAAAAUCCAAUAAGAAAUCCCGGAAAAUCUGGUACAAAACGACCACGUGAUCCAAAUCAACCCUCAGAUGGAAGUGAACCAACUGAUCAAGACGAAAAACCUGGCACUAGACAUCCAACCGGAAAAGACAAAAGACCUGAUAAAGAAUCACCAAGUGAUGAAAAGGAUGACCCACUGGAUCCAAACAAAGCAAAUGAUGGGCAAAAGCCAAUAAGAAAUCCCGGAAAAUCUGGUACAAAACGACCACGUGAUCCAAGUCAACCCUCAGAUGGACGUGAACCAACUGAUCAAGACGAAAAACCUGGCACUAGACAUCCAACCGGAAAAGGCAAAAGACCUGAUAAAGAAUCACCAAGUGAUGAAAAGGAUGACCCACUGGAUCCAAACGAAGCAAAUGAUGGGCAAAAGCCAAUAAGAAAUCCCGGAAAAUCUGGUACAAAACGACCACGUGAUCCAAAUCAACCCUCUGAUGGACGCGAACCAACUGAUCUAGACGAAAAACCUGGCACUAGACAUCCAACCGGAAAAGGCAAAAGACCUGAUAAAGAAUCACCAAGUGAUGAAAAGGAUGACCCACUGGAUCCAAAUGAAGCAAAUGAUGGGCAAAAGCCAAUAAGAAAUCCGGGAAAAUCUGGUACAAAACGACCACGUGAUCCAAAUCAACCCUCAGAUAGACGCAAACCAACUGAUCCAGACAAAAAACCUGCUACUAGAUAUCCAACUAAAAAAGGCGAAAGACCUGGUGAAGAAUCCCCAAGUGAUGAAACGGAUGACCCACUGGUACCAAAUGAACCAAAUGAUGGGCAAAAUCCAAUAAGAAAUCCCGGAAAAUCUGGUACAAAACGUCCACGUGAUCCAAAUCAACCCUCAGAUGGACGUGAACCAACUGAUCAAGACGAAAAACCUGGCACUAGACAUCCAACCGGAAAAGGCAAAAGACCUGAUAAAGAAUCACCAAGUGAUGAAAAGGAUGACCCACUGGAUCCAAACGAAGCAAAUGAUGGGCAAAAGCCAAUAAGAAAUCCCGGAAAAUCUGGUACAAAACGACCACGUGAUCCAAGUCAACCCUCAGAUGGACGUGAACCAACUGAUCAAGACGAAAAACCUGGCACUAGACAUCCAACCGGAAAAGGCAAAAGACCUGAUAAAGAAUCACCAAGUGAUGAAAAGGAUGACCCACUGGAUACAAACGAAGCAAAUGAUGGGCAAAAGCCAAUAAGAAAUCCCGGAAAAUCUGGUACAAAACGACCACGUGAUCCAAAUCAACCCUCAGAUGGAAGCGAACCAACGGAUCAAGAUGAAAAUCCUGGCACUCGACAUCCAACCAGAAAAGACAAAAGACCUGAUAAAGAAUCACCAAGUGAUGAAAAGGAUGACCCACUGGAUCCAAACGAAGCAAAUGAUGGGCAAAAGCCAAUAAGAAAUCCCGGAAAAUCUGGUACAAAACGUCCACGUGAUCCAAAUCAACCCUCAGAUGGACGUGAACCAACUGAUCAAGACGAAAAACCUGGCACUAGACAUCCAACCGGAAAAGGCAAAAGACCUGAUAAAGAAUCACCAAGUAAUGAAAAGGACGACCCACUGGUUCCAAACAAAGAAAAUGAUGGGCAAAAGCCAAUAAGAAAUCCCGGAAAAUCUGGUACAAAACGACCACGUGAUCCAAAUCAACCCUCAGAUGGACGUGAACCAACUGAUCAAGACGAAAAACCUGGCACUAGACAUCCAACCGGAAAAGACAAAAGACCUGGUAAAGAAUUACCAAGUGAUGAAAAGGAUGACCCACUGGAUUCAAACGAAGCAAAUGAUGGGCAAAAGCCAAUAAGAAAUCCCGGAAAAUCUGGUACAAAACGUCCACGUGAUCCAAAUCAACCCUCAGAUGGACGCGAACCAACUGAUCAAGACGAAAAACCUGGCACUAGACAUCCAACCGGAAAAGGCACAAGACCUGAUAAAGAAUCACCAAGUGAUGAAAAGGAUGACCCACUGGAUCCAAACGAAGCAAAUGGUGGGCAAAAGCCAAUAAGAAAUCCCGGAAAAUCUGGUACAAAACGACCACGUGAUCCAAAUCAACCCUCAGAUAGACGCAAACCAACUGAUCCAGACAAAAAACCUUCUACUAGAUAUCCAACUAAAAAAGGCGAAAGACCUGGUGAAGAAUCCCCAAGUGAUGAAACGGAUGACCCACUGGUACCAAAUGAACCAAAUGAUGAGCAAAAUCCAAUAAGAAAUCCAGGAAAAUCUGGUACAAAACGACCACGUGAUCCAAAUCAACCCUCAGAUGGACGUGAACCAACUGAUCAAGACGAAAAACCUGGCACUAGACAUCCAACCGGAAAAGACAAAAGACCUGAUAAAGAAUCACCAAGUGAUGAAAAGGAUGACCCACUGGAUCCAAACAAAGCAAAUGAUGGGCAAAAGCCAAUAAGAAAUCCCGGAAAAUCUGGUACAAAACGACCACGUGAUCCAAAUCAACCCUCAGAUGGACGUGAACCAACUGAUCAAGAUGAAAAACCUGGCACUAGACAUCCAAUCGGAAAAGACAAAAGACCUGAUAAAGAAUCACCAAGUGAUGAAAAGGAUGACCCACUGGAUCCAAACGAAGCAAAUGAUGGGCAAAAGCCAAUAAGAAAUCCCGCAAAAUCUGGUACAAAACGUCCACGUGAUCCAAAUCAACCCUCUGAUGGACGCCAACCAACUGAUCAAGACGAAAAACCUGGCACUAGACAUCCAACCGGAAAAGGCAAAAGACCUGAUAAAGAAUCACCAAGUGAUGAAAAGGAUGACCCACUGGAUCCAAACGAAGCAAAUGAUGGGCAAAAGCCAAUAAGAAAUCCCGGAAUAUCUGGUACAAAACGACCACGUGAUCCAAAUCAACCCUCAGAUAGACGCAAACCAACUGAUCCAGACAAAAAACCUGCUACUAGAUAUCCAACUAAAAUAGGCGAAAGACCUGGUGAAGAAUCCCCAAGUGAUGAAACGGAUGACCCACUGGUACCAAAUGAACCAAAUGAUGAGCAAAAUCCAAUAAGAAAUCCAGGAAAAUCUGGUACAAAACGACCACGUGAUCCAAAUCAACCCUCAGAUGGACGUGAACCAACUGAUCAAGACGAAAAACCUGGCACUAGACAUCCAAUCGGAAAAGACAAAAGACCUGAUAAAGAAUCACCAAGUGAUGAAAAGGAUGACCCACUGGAUCCAAACGAAGCAAAUGAUGGGCAAAAGCCAAUAAGAAAUCCCGCAAAAUCUGGUACAAAACGUCCACGUGAUCCAAAUCAACCCUCUGAUGGACGCCAACCAACUGAUCAAGACGAAAAACCUGGCACUAGACAUCCAACCGGAAAAGGCAAAAGACCUGAUAAAGAAUCACCAAGUGAUGAAAAGGAUGACCCACUGGAUCCAAACGAAGCAAAUGAUGGGCAAAAGUCAAUAAGAAAUCCCGGAAAAUCUGGUACAAAACGACCACGUGAUCCAAAUCAACCCUCAGAUGGACGUGAACCAACUGAUCAAGACGAAAAACUUGGCACUAGACAUCCAACCGGAAAAGACAAAAGACCUGAUAAAGAAUCACCAAGUGAUGAAAAGGAUGACCCACUGGAUCCAAACGAAGCAAAUGAUGGGCAAAAGCCAAUAAGAAAUCCCGGAAAAUCUGGUACAAAACGACCACGUGAUCCAAAUCAACCCUCAGAUGGACGCGAACCAACGGAUCAAGACGAAAAUACUGGCACUAGACAUCCAACCAGAAAAGACAAAAGACCUGAUAAAGAAUCACCAAGUGAUGAAAAGGAUGACCCACUGGAUCCAAACGAAGCAAAUGAUGGGCAAAAGCCAAUAAGAAAUCCCGGAAAAUCUGGUACAAAACGACCACGUGAUCCAAAUCAACCCUCUGAUGGACGCGAACCAACUGAUCAAGACGAAAAACCUGGCACUAGACAUCCAACCGGAAAAGGCAAAAGACCUGAUAAAGAAUCACCAAGUGAUGAAAAGGAUGACCCACUGGAUCCAAACGAAGCAAAUGAUGGGCAAAAGCCAAUAAGAAAUCCCGGAAAAUCUGGUACAAAACGACCACGUGAUCCAAAUCAACCCUCAGAUAGACGCAAACCAACUGAUCCAGACAAAAAACCUGCAACUAGAUAUCCAACUAAAAAAGGCGAAAGACCUGGUGAAGAAUCCCCAAGUGAUGAAACGGAUGACCCACUGGUACCAAAUGAACCAAAUGAUGGGCAAAAUCCAAUAAGAAAUCCCGGAAAAUCUGGUACAAAACGACCACGUGAUCCAAAUCAACCCUCAGAUGGAAGUGAACCAACUGAUCAAGACGAAAAACCUGGCACUAGACAUCCAACCGGAAAAGACAAAAGACCUGAUAAAGAAUCACCAAGUGAUGAAAAGGAUGACCCACUGGAUCCAAACAAAGCAAAUGAUGGGCAAAAGCCAAUAAGAAAUCCCGGAAAAUCUGGUACAAAACGACCACGUGAUCCAAGUCAACCCUCAGAUGGACGUGAACCAACUGAUCAAGACGAAAAACCUGGCACUAGACAUCCAACCGGAAAAGGCAAAAGACCUGAUAAAGAAUCACCAAGUGAUGAAAAGGAUGACCCACUGGAUCCAAACGAAGCAAAUGAUGGGCAAAAGCCAAUAAGAAAUCCCGGAAAAUCUGGUACAAAACGACCACGUGAUCCAAAUCAACCCUCAGAUGGACGCGAACCAACGGAUCAAGAUGAAAAUCCUGGCACUAGACAUCCAACCAGAAAAGACAAAAGACCUGAUAAAGAAUCACCAAGUGAUGAAAAGGAUGACCCACUGGAUCCAAACGAGGCAAAUGAUGGGCAAAAGCCCAUAAGAAAUCCCGGAAAAUCUGGUACAAAACGACCACGUGAUCCAAAUCAACCCUCUGAUGGACGCGAACCAACUGAUCAAGACGAAAAACCUGGCACUAGACAUCCAACCGGAAAAGGCAAAAGACCUGAUAAAGAAUCACCAAGUGAUGAAAAGGAUGACCCACUGGAUCCAAACGAAGCAAAUGAUGGGCAAAAGCCAAUAAGAAAUCCUGGAAAAUCUGGUACAAAACGUCCACGUGAUCCAAAUCAACCCUCAGAUGGACGUGAACCAACUGAUCAAGACGAAAAACCUGGCACUAGACAUCCAACCGGAAAAGGCAAAAGACCUGAUAAAGAAUCACCAACUAAUGAAAAGGAUGACCCACUGGAUUCAAACGAAGCAAAUGAUGGGCAAAAUCCAAUAAGAAAUCCCGGAAAAUCUGGUACAAAACGACCACGUGAUCCAAAUCAACCCUCUGAUGGACGCGAACCAACUGAUCUAGACGAAAAACCUGGCACUAGACAUCCAACCGGAAAAGGCAAAAGACCUGAUAAAGAAUCACCAAGUGAUGAAAAGGAUGACCCACUGGAUCCAAAUGAAGCAAAUGAUGGGCAAAAGCCAAUAAGAAAUCCGGGAAAAUCUGGUACAAAACGACCACGUGAUCCAAAUCAACCCUCAGAUAGACGCAAACCAACUGAUCCAGACAAAAAACCUGCUACUAGAUAUCCAACUAAAAAAGGCGAAAGACCUGGUGAAGAAUCCCCAAGUGAUGAAACGGAUGACCCACUGGUACCAAAUGAACCAAAUGAUGGGCAAAAUCCAAUAAGAAAUCCCGGAAAAUCUGGUACAAAACGUCCACGUGAUCCAAAUCAACCCUCAGAUGGACGUGAACCAACUGAUCAAGACGAAAAACCUGGCACUAGACAUCCAACCGGAAAAGGCAAAAGACCUGAUAAAGAAUCACCAAGUGAUGAAAAGGAUGACCCACUGGAUCCAAACGAAGCAAAUGAUGGGCAAAAGCCAAUAAGAAAUCCCGGAAAAUCUGGUACAAAACGACCACGUGAUCCAAGUCAACCCUCAGAUGGACGUGAACCAACUGAUCAAGACGAAAAACCUGGCACUAGACAUCCAACCGGAAAAGGCAAAAGACCUGAUAAAGAAUCACCAAGUGAUGAAAAGGAUGACCCACUGGAUACAAACGAAGCAAAUGAUGGGCAAAAGCCAAUAAGAAAUCCCGGAAAAUCUGGUACAAAACGACCACGUGAUCCAAAUCAACCCUCAGAUGGAAGCGAACCAACGGAUCAAGAUGAAAAUCCUGGCACUCGACAUCCAACCAGAAAAGACAAAAGACCUGAUAAAGAAUCACCAAGUGAUGAAAAGGAUGACCCACUGGAUCCAAACGAAGCAAAUGAUGGGCAAAAGCCAAUAAGAAAUCCCGGAAAAUCUGGUACAAAACGUCCACGUGAUCCAAAUCAACCCUCAGAUGGACGUGAACCAACUGAUCAAGACGAAAAACCUGGCACUAGACAUCCAACCGGAAAAGGCAAAAGACCUGAUAAAGAAUCACCAAGUAAUGAAAAGGACGACCCACUGGUUCCAAACAAAGAAAAUGAUGGGCAAAAGCCAAUAAGAAAUCCCGGAAAAUCUGGUACAAAACGACCACGUGAUCCAAAUCAACCCUCAGAUGGACGUGAACCAACUGAUCAAGACGAAAAACCUGGCACUAGACAUCCAACCGGAAAAGACAAAAGACCUGGUAAAGAAUUACCAAGUGAUGAAAAGGAUGACCCACUGGAUUCAAACGAAGCAAAUGAUGGGCAAAAGCCAAUAAGAAAUCCCGGAAAAUCUGGUACAAAACGUCCACGUGAUCCAAAUCAACCCUCAGAUGGACGCGAACCAACUGAUCAAGACGAAAAACCUGGCACUAGACAUCCAACCGGAAAAGGCACAAGACCUGAUAAAGAAUCACCAAGUGAUGAAAAGGAUGACCCACUGGAUCCAAACGAAGCAAAUGGUGGGCAAAAGCCAAUAAGAAAUCCCGGAAAAUCUGGUACAAAACGACCACGUGAUCCAAAUCAACCCUCAGAUAGACGCAAACCAACUGAUCCAGACAAAAAACCUGCUACUAGAUAUCCAACUAAAAAAGGCGAAAGACCUGGUGAAGAAUCCCCAAGUGAUGAAACGGAUGACCCACUGGUACCAAAUGAACCAAAUGAUGAGCAAAAUCCAAUAAGAAAUCCAGGAAAAUCUGGUACAAAACGACCACGUGAUCCAAAUCAACCCUCAGAUGGACGUGAACCAACUGAUCAAGACGAAAAACCUGGCACUAGACAUCCAACCGGAAAAGACAAAAGACCUGAUAAAGAAUCACCAAGUGAUGAAAAGGAUGACCCACUGGAUCCAAACAAAGCAAAUGAUGGGCAAAAGCCAAUAAGAAAUCCCGGAAAAUCUGGUACAAAACGACCACGUGAUCCAAAUCAACCCUCAGAUGGACGUGAACCAACUGAUCAAGAUGAAAAACCUGGCACUAGACAUCCAAUCGGAAAAGACAAAAGACCUGAUAAAGAAUCACCAAGUGAUGAAAAGGAUGACCCACUGGAUCCAAACGAAGCAAAUGAUGGGCAAAAGCCAAUAAGAAAUCCCGCAAAAUCUGGUACAAAACGUCCACGUGAUCCAAAUCAACCCUCUGAUGGACGCCAACCAACUGAUCAAGACGAAAAACCUGGCACUAGACAUCCAACCGGAAAAGGCAAAAGACCUGAUAAAGAAUCACCAAGUGAUGAAAAGGAUGACCCACUGGAUCCAAACGAAGCAAAUGAUGGGCAAAAGCCAAUAAGAAAUCCCGGAAUAUCUGGUACAAAACGACCACGUGAUCCAAAUCAACCCUCAGAUAGACGCAAACCAACUGAUCCAGACAAAAAACCUGCUACUAGAUAUCCAACUAAAAUAGGCGAAAGACCUGGUGAAGAAUCCCCAAGUGAUGAAACGGAUGACCCACUGGUACCAAAUGAACCAAAUGAUGAGCAAAAUCCAAUAAGAAAUCCAGGAAAAUCUGGUACAAAACGACCACGUGAUCCAAAUCAACCCUCAGAUGGACGUGAACCAACUGAUCAAGACGAAAAACCUGGCACUAGACAUCCAAUCGGAAAAGACAAAAGACCUGAUAAAGAAUCACCAAGUGAUGAAAAGGAUGACCCACUGGAUCCAAACGAAGCAAAUGAUGGGCAAAAGCCAAUAAGAAAUCCCGCAAAAUCUGGUACAAAACGUCCACGUGAUCCAAAUCAACCCUCUGAUGGACGCCAACCAACUGAUCAAGACGAAAAACCUGGCACUAGACAUCCAACCGGAAAAGGCAAAAGACCUGAUAAAGAAUCACCAAGUGAUGAAAAGGAUGACCCACUGGAUCCAAACGAAGCAAAUGAUGGGCAAAAGUCAAUAAGAAAUCCCGGAAAAUCUGGUACAAAACGACCACGUGAUCCAAAUCAACCCUCAGAUGGACGUGAACCAACUGAUCAAGACGAAAAACCUGGCACUAGACAUCCAACCGGAAAAGGCAAAAGACCUGAUAAAGAAUCACCAAGUGAUGAAAAGGAUAACCCACUGGAUCCAAACGAAGCAAAUGAUGGGAAAAAGCCAAUAAGAAAUCCUGGAAAAUCUGGUACAAAACGACCACGUGAUCCAAAUCAACCCUCAGAUGGACGCGAACCAACGGAUCAAGACGAAAAUCCUGGCACUAGACUUCCAACCAGAAAAGACAAAAGACCUGAUAAAGAAUCACCAAGUGAUGAAAAGGAUGACCCACUGGAUCCAAACGAAGCAAAUGAUGGGCAAAAGCCAAUAAGAAAUCCCGGAAAAUCUGGUACAAAACGACCACGUGAUCCAAAUCAACCCUCAGAUAGACGCAAACCAACUGAUCAAUACAAAAAACCUGCUACUAGAUAUCCAACUAAAAAAGGCGAAAGACCUGGUGAAGAAUCCCCAAGUGAUGAAACGGAUGACCCACUGGUACCAAAUGAACCAAAUGAUGAGCAAAAUCCAAUAAGAAAUCCAGGAAAAUCUGGUACAAAACGACCACGUGAUCCAAAUCAACCCUCAGAUGGACGUGAACCAACUGAUCAAGACGAAAAACCUGGCACUAGACAUCCAACCGGAAAAGACAAAAGACCUGAUAAAGAAUCACCAAGUGAUGAAAAGGAUGACCCACUGGAUCCAAACAAAGCAAAUGAUGGGCAAAAGCCAAUAAGAAAUCCCGGAAAAUCUGGUACAAAACGACCACGUGAUCCAAAUCAACCCUCAGAUGGACGUGAACCAACUGAUCAAGACGAAAAACCUGGCACUAGACAUCCAAUCGGAAAAGACAAAAGACCUGAUAAAGAAUCACCAAGUGAUGAAAAGGAUGACCCACUGGAUCCAAACGAAGCAAAUGAUGGGCAAAAGCCAAUAAGAAAUCCUGCAAAAUCUGGUACAAAACGUCCACGUGAUCCAAAUCAACCCUCUGAUGGACGCCAACCAACUGAUCAAGACGAAAAACCUGGCACUAGACAUCCAACCGAAAAAGGCAAAAGACCUGAUAAAGAAUCACCAAGUGAUGAAAAAGAUGACCCACUGGAUCCAAACGAAGCAAAUGAUGGGCAAAAGCCAAUAAGAAAUCCUGGAAAAUCUGGUACAAAACGACCACGUGAUCCAAAUCAACCCUCAGAUGGACGCGAACCAACGGAUCAAGACGAAAAUCCUGGCACUAGACAUCCAACCAGAAAAGACAAAAGACCUGAUAAAGAAUCACCAAGUGAUGAAAAGGAUGACCCACUGGAUCCAAACGAGGCAAAUGAUGGGCAAAAGCCCAUAAGAAAUCCCGGAAAAUCUGGUACAAAACGACCAAGUGAUCCAAAUCAACCCUCUGAUGGACGCGAACCAACUGAUCAAGACGAAAAACCUGGCACUAGACAUCCAACCGGAAAAGGCAAAAGACCUGAUAAAGAAUCACCAAGUGAUGAAAAGGAUGACCCACUGGAUCCAAACGAAGCAAAUGAUGGGCAAAAGCCAAUAAGAAAUCCCGGAAAAUCUGGUACAAAACGACCACGUGAUCCAAAUCAACCCUCAGAUAGACGCAAACCAACUGAUCCAGACAAAAAACCUGCUACUAGAUAUCCAACUAAAAAAGGCGAAAGACCUGGUGAAGAAUCCCCAAGUGAUGAAACGGAUGACCCACUGGUACCAAAUGAACCAAAUGAUGAGCAAAAUCCAAUAAGAAAUCCAGGAAAAUCUGGUACAAAACGACCACGUGAUCCAAAUCAACCCUCAGAUGGACGUGAACCAACUGAUCAAGACGAAAAACCUGGCACUAGACAUCCAAUCGGAAAAGACAAAAGACCUGAUAAAGAAUCACCAAGUGAUGAAAAGGAUGACCCACUGGAUCCAAACGAAGCAAAUGAUGGGCAAAAGCCAAUAAGAAAUCCCGCAAAAUCUGAUACAAAACGUCCACGUGAUCCAAAUCAACCCUCUGAUGGACGCCAACCAACUGAUCAAGACGAAAAACCUGGCACUAGACAUCCAACCGGAAAAGGCAAAAGACCUGAUAAAGAAUCACCAAGUGAUGAAAAGGAUGACCCACUGGAUCCAAACGAAGCAAAUGAUGGGCAAAAGUCAAUAAGAAAUCCCGGAAAAUCUGGUACAAAACGACCACGUGAUCCAAAUCAACCCUCAGAUGGACGUGAACCAACUGAUCAAGACGAAAAACCUGGCACUAGACAUCCAACCGGAAAAGGCAAAAGACCUGAUAAAGAAUCACCAAGUAAUGAAAAGGACGACCCACUGGUUCCAAGCGAAGAAAAUGAUGGGCAAAAGCCAAUAAGAAAUCCCGGAAAAUCUGGUACAAAACGACCACGUGAUCCAAAUCAACCCUCAGAUGGACGUGAACCAACUGAUCAAGACGAAAAACCUGGCACUAGACAUCCAACCGGAAAAGGCACAAGACCUGAUAAAGAAUCACCAAGUGAUGAAAAGGAUGACACACUGGAUCCAAACGAAGCAAAUGAUGGGCAAAAGCCAAUAAGAAAUCCUGGAAAAUCUGGUACAAAACGACCACGUGAUCCAAAUCAACCCUCAGAUGGACGCGAACCAACGGAUCAAGACGAAAAUCCUGGCACUAGACAUCCAACCAGAAAAGACAAAAGACCUGAUAAAGAAUCACCAAGUGAUGAAAAGGAUGACCCACUGGAUCCAAACGAGGCAAAUGAUGGGCAAAAGCCCACAAGAAAUCCCGGAAAAUCUGGUACAAAACGACCACGUGAUCCAAAUCAACCCUCUGAUGGACGCCAACCAACUGAUCAAGACGAAAAACCUGGCACUAGACAUCCAACCGGAAAAGGCAAAAGACCUGAUAAAGAAUCAUUAAGUGAUGAAAAGGAUGACCCACUGGAUCCAAACGAAUCAAAUGAUGGGCAAAAGCCAAUAAGAAAUCCCGGAAAAUCUGGUACAAAACUACCACGUGAUCCAAAUCAACCCUCAGAUAGACGCAAACCAACUGAUCCAGACAAAAAACCUGCUACUAGAUAUCCAACUAAAAAAGGCAAAAUACCUGGUGAAGAAUCCCCAAGUGAUGAAACGGAUGACCCACUGGUACCAAAUGAACCAAAUGAUGGGCAAAAUCCAAUAAGAAAUCCCGCAAAAUCUGGUACAAAACGACCACGUGAUCCAAAUCAACCCUCAGAUGGACGUAAACCAACUGAUCAAGACGAAAAACCUGGCACUAGACAUCCAACCGGAAAAGACAAAAGACCUGAAAAAGAAUCACCAAGUGAUGAAAAGGAUGACCCACUGGAUCCAAACAAAGCAAAUGAUGGGCAAAAGCCCAUAAGAAAUCCCGGAAAAUCUGGUACAAAACGACCACGUGAUCCAAAUCAACCCUCAGAUGGACGUGAACCAACUGAUCAAGACGAAAAACCUGGCACUAGACAUCCAACUGGAAAAGACAAAAGACCUGAUAAAGAAUCACCAAGUGAUGAAAAGGAUGACCCACUGGAUCCAAACGAAGCAAAUGAUGGGCAAAAGCCAAUAAGAAAUCCCGGAAAAUCUGGUACAAAACGACCACGUGAUCCAAAUCAACCCUCAGAUAGACGCAAACCAACUGAUCCAGACAAAAAACCUGCUACUAGAUAUCCAACUAAAAAAGGCGAAAGACCUGGUGAAGAAUCCCCAAGUGAUGAAACGGAUGACCCACUGGUACCAAAUGAACCAAAUGAUGAGCAAAAUCCAAUAAGAAAUCCAGGAAAAUCUGGUACAAAACGACCACGUGAUCCAAAUCAACCCUCAGAUGGACGAGAACCAACUGAUCAAGACGAAAAACCUGGCACUAGACAUCCAAUCGGAAAAGACAAAAGACCUGAUAAAGAAUCACCAAGUGAUGAAAAGGAUGACCCACUGGAUCCAAACGAAGCAAAUGAUGGGCAAAAGCCAAUAAGAAAUCCCGCAAAAUCUGGUACAAAACGUCCACGUGAUCCAAAUCAACCCUCUGAUGGACGCCAACCAACUGAUCAAGAUGAAAAACCUGGCACUAGACAUCCAACCGGAAAAGGCAAAAGACCUGAUAAAGAAUCACCAAGUGAUGAAAAGGAUGACCCACUGGAUCCAAACGAAGCAAAUGAUGGGCAAAAGUCAAUAAGAAAUCCCGGAAAAUCUGGUACAAAACGACCACGUGAUCCAAAUCAACCCUCAGAUGGACGUGAACCAACUGAUCAAGACGAAAAACCUGGCACUAGACAUCCAACCGGAAAAGGCAAAAGACCUGAUAAAGAAUCACCAAGUAAUGAAAAGGACGACCCACUGGUUCCAAGCGAAGAAAAUGAUGGGCAAAAGCCAAUAAGAAAUCCCGGGAAAUCUGGUACAAAACGACCACGUGAUCCAAAUCAACCCUCAGAUGGACGUGAACCAACUGAUCAAGACGAAAAACCUGGCACUAGACAUCCAACCGGAAAAGGCACAAGACCUGAUAAAGAAUCACCAAGUGAUGAAAAGGAUGACACACUGGAUCCAAACGAAGCAAAUGAUGGGCAAAAGCCAAUAAGAAAUCCUGGAAAAUCUGGUACAAAACGACCACGUGAUCCAAAUCAACCCUCAGAUGGACGCGAACCAACGGAUCAAGACGAAAAUCCUGGCACUAGACAUCCAACCAGAAAAGACAAAAGACCUGAUAAAGAAUCACCAAGUGAUGAAAAGGAUGACCCACUGGAUCCAAUCGAGGCAAAUGAUGGGCAAAAGCCCAUACGAAAUUCCGGAAAAUCUGGUACAAAACGACCACGUGAUCCAAAUCAACCCUCUGAUGGACGCCAACCAACUGAUCAAGACGAAAAACCUGGCACUAGACAUCCAACCGGAAAAGGCAAAAGACCUGAUAAAGAAUCAUUAAGUGAUGAAAAGGAUGACCCACUGGAUCCAAACGAAUCAAAUGAUGGGCAAAAGCCAAUAAGAAAUCCCGGAAAAUCUGGUACAAAACUACCACGUGAUCCAAAUCAACCCUCAGAUAGACGCAAACCAACUGAUCCAGACAAAAAACCUGCUACUAGAUAUCCAACUAAAAAAGGCAAAAGACCUGGUGAAGAAUCCCCAAGUGAUGAAACGGAUGACCCACUGGUAGCAAAUGAACCAAAUGAUGGGCAAAAUCCAAUAAGAAAUCCCGCAAAAUCUGGUACAAAACGACCACGUGAUCCAAAUCAACCCUCAGAUGGACGUAAACCAACUGAUCAAGACGAAAAACCUGGCACUAGACAUCCAACCGGAAAAGACAAAAGACCUGAUAAAGAAUCACCAAGUGAUGAAAAGGAUGACCCACUGGAUCCAAACAAAGCAAAUGAUGGGCAAAAGCCAAUAAGAAAUCCCGGAAAAUCUGGUACAAAACGACCACGUGAUCCAAAUCAACCCUCAGAUGGACGUGAACCAACUGAUCAAGACGAAACACCUGGCACUAGACAUCCAACUGGAAAAGACAAAAGACCUGAUAAAGAAUCACCAAGUGAUGAAAAGGAUGACCCACUGGAUCCAAAUGAAGCAAAUGAUGGGCAAAAGCCAAUAAGAAAUCCCGGAAAAUCUGGUACAAAACGACCACGUGAUACAAAUCAACCCUCAGAUGGACGCGAACCAACGGAUCAAGACGAAAAUCCUGGCACUAGACAUCCAACCGGAAAAGACAAAAGACCUGAUAAAGAAUCACCAAGUGAUGAAAAGGAUGACCCACUGGAUCCAAACAAAGCAAAUGAUGGGCAAAAGCCAAUAAGAAAUCCCGGAAAAUCUGGUACAAAACGACCACGUGUUCCAAAUCAACCCUCAGAUGGACGUGAACCAACUGAUCAAGACGAAAAACCUGGCACUAGACAUCCAACCGUAAAAGACAAAAGACCUGAUAAAGAAUCACCAAGUGAUGAAAAGGAUGACCCACUGGAUCCAAACAAAGCAAAUGAUGGGCAAAAGCCAAUAAGAAAUCCCGGAAAAUCUGGUACAAAACGACCACGUGAUCCAAAUCAACCCUCAGAUAGACGCAAACCAACUGAUCCAGACAAAAAACCUGCUACUAGAUAUCCAACUAAAAAAGGCGAAAGACCUGGUGAAGAAUCCCCAAGUGAUGAAACGGAUGACCCACUGGUACCAAAUGAACCAAAUGAUGAGCAAAAUCCAAUAAGAAAUCCAGGAAAAUCUGGUACAAAACGACCACGUGAUCCAAAUCAACCCUCAGAUGGACGAGAACCAACUGAUCAAGACGAAAAACCUGGCACUAGACAUCCAAUCGGAAAAGACAAAAGACCUGAUAAAGAAUCACCAAGUGAUGAAAAGGAUGACCCACUGGAUCCAAACGAAGCAAAUGAUGGGCAAAAGCCAAUAAGAAAUCCCGCAAAAUCUGGUACAAAACGUCCACGUGAUCCAAAUCAACCCUCUGAUGGACGCCAACCAACUGAUCAAGACGAAAAACCUGGCACUAGACAUCCAACCGGAAAAGGCAAAAGACCUGAUAAAGAAUCACCAAGUGAUGAAAAGGAUGACCCACUGGAUCCAAACGAAGCAAAUGAUGGGCAAAAGUCAAUAAGAAAUCCCGGAAAAUCUGGUACAAAACGACCACGUGAUCCAAAUCAACCCUCAGAUGGACGUGAACCAACUGAUCAAGACGAAAAACCUGGCACUAGACAUCCAACCGGAAAAGGCAAAAGUCCUGAUAAAGAAUCACCAAGUAAUGAAAAGGACGACCCACUGGUUCCAAGCGAAGAAAAUGAUGGGCAAAAGCCAAUAAGAAAUCCCGGGAAAUCUGGUACAAAACGACCACGUGAUCCAAAUCAACCCUCAGAUGGACGUGAACCAACUGAUCAAGACGAAAAACCUGGCACUAGACAUCCAACCGGAAAAGGCACAAGACCUGAUAAAGAAUCACCAAGUGAUGAAAAGGAUGACACACUGGAUCCAAACGAAGCAAAUGAUGGGCAAAAGCCAAUAAGAAAUCCUGGAAAAUCUGGUACAAAACGACCACGUGAUCCAAAUCAACCCUCAGAUGGACGCGAACCAACGGAUCAAGACGAAAAUCCUGGCACUAGACAUCCAACCAGAAAAGACAAAAGACCUGAUAAAGAAUCACCAAGUGAUGAAAAGGAUGACCCACUGGAUCCAAUCGAGGCAAAUGAUGGGCAAAAGCCCAUAAGAAAUCCCGGAAAAUCUGGUACAAAACGACCACGUGAUCCAAAUCAACCCUCUGAUGGACGCCAACCAACUGAUCAAGACGAAAAAUCUGGCACUAGACAUCCAACCGGAAAAGGCAAAAGACCUGAUAAAGAAUCAUUAAGUGAUGAAAAGGAUGACCCACUGGAUCCAAACGAAUCAAAUGAUGGGCAAAAGCCAAUAAGAAAUCCCGGAAAAUCUGGUACAAAACUACCACGUGAUCCAAAUCAACCCUCAGAUAGACGCAAACCAACUGAUCCAGACAAAAAACCUGCUACUAGAUAUCCAACUAAAAAAGGCAAAAGACCUGGUGAAGAAUCCCCAAGUGAUGAAACGGAUGACCCACUGGUACCAAAUGAACCAAAUGAUGGGCAAAAUCCAAUAAGAAAUCCCGCAAAAUCUGGUACAAAACGACCACGUGAUCCAAAUCAACCCUCAGAUGGACGUAAACCAACUGAUCAAGACGAAAAACCUGGCACUAGACAUCCAACCGGAAAAGACAAAAGACCUGAUAAAGAAUCACCAAGUGAUGAAAAGGAUGACCCACUGGAUCCAAACAAAGCAAAUGAUGGGCAAAAGCCAAUAAGAAAUCCCGGAAAAUCUGGUACAAAACGACCACGUGAUCCAAAUCAACCCUCAGAUGGACGUGAACCAACUGAUCAAGACGAAACACCUGGCACUAGACAUCCAACUGGAAAAGACAAAAGACCUGAUAAAGAAUCACCAAGUGAUGAAAAGGAUGACCCACUGGAUCCAAAUGAAUCAAAUGAUGGGCAAAAGCCAAUAAGAAAUCCCGGAAAAUCUGGUACAAAACGACCACGUGAUCCAAAUCAACCCUCAGAUGGACGCGAACCAACGGAUCAAGACGAAAAUCCUGGCACUAGACAUCCAACCGGAAAAGACAAAAGACCUGAUAAAGAAUCACCAAGUGAUGAAAAGGAUGACCCACUGGAUCCAAACAAAGCAAAUGAUGGGCAAAAGCCAAUAAGAAAUCCCGGAAAAUCUGGUACAAAACGACCACGUGUUCCAAAUCAACCCUCAGAUGGACGUGAACCAACUGAUCAAGACGAAAAACCUGGCACUAGACAUCCAACCGUAAAAGACAAAAGACCUGAUAAAGAAUCACCAAGUGAUGAAAAGGAUGACCCACUGGAUCCAAACAAAGCAAAUGAUGGGCAAAAGCCAAUAAGAAAUCCCGGAAAAUCUGGUACAAAACGUCCACGUGAUCCAAAUCAACCCUCUGAUGGACGCCAACCAACUGAUCAAGACGAAAAACCUGGCACUAGACAUCCAACCGGAAAAGGCAAAAGACCUGAUAAAGAAUCACCAAGUGAUGAAAAGGAUGACCCACUGGAUCCAAACGAAGCAAAUGAUGGGCAAAAGCCAAUAAGAAAUCCCGGAAAAUCUGGUACAAAACGACCACGUGAUCCAAAUCAACCCUCAGAUGGACGUGAACCAACUGAUCAAGACGAAAAACCUGGCACUAGACAUCCAAUCGGAAAAGACAAAAGACCUGAUAAAGAAUCACCAAGUGAUGAAAAGGAUGACCCACUGGAUCCAAACGAAGCAAAUGAUGGGCAAAAGCCAAUAAGAAAUCCCGCAAAAUCUGGUACAAAACGUCCACGUGAUCCAAAUCAACCCUCUGAUGGACGCCAACCAACUGAUCAAGACGAAAAACCUGGCACUAGACAUCCAACCGGAAAAGGCAAAAGACCUGAUAAAGAAUCACCAAGUGAUGAAAAGGAUGACCCACUGGAUCCAAACGAAGCAAAUGAUGGGCAAAAGUCAAUAAGAAAUCCCGGAAAAUCUGGUACAAAACGACCACGUGAUCCAAAUCAACCCUCAGAUGGACGUGAACCAACUGAUCAAGACGAAAAACCUGGCACUAGACAUCCAACCGGAAAAGGCAAAAGACCUGAUAAAGAAUCACCAAGUAAUGAAAAGGACGACCCACUGGUUCCAAGCGAAGAAAAUGAUGGGCAAAAGCCAAUAAGAAAUCCCGGAAAAUCUGGUACAAAACGACCACGUGAUCCAAAUCAACCCUCAGAUGGACGUGAACCAACUGAUCAAGACGAAAAACCUGGCACUAGACAUCCAACCGGAAAAGGCACAAGACCUGAUAAAGAAUCACCAAGUGAUGAAAAGGAUGACCCACUGGAUCCAAACGAAGCAAAUGAUGGGCAAAAGCCAAUAAGAAAUCCUGGAAAAUCUGGUACAAAACGACCACGUGAUCCAAAUCAACCCUCAGAUGGACGCGAACCAACGGAUCAAGACGAAAAUCCUGGCACUAGACAUCCAACCAGAAAAGACAAAAGACCUGAUAAAGAAUCACCAAGUGAUGAAAAGGAUGAUCCACUGGAUCCAAACGAAGCAAAUGAUGGGCAAAAGCCAAUAAGAAAUCCCGGCAAAUCUGGUACAAAACGACCACGUGAUCCAAAUCAACCCUCAGAUAGACGCAAACCAACUGAUCCAGACAAAAAACCUGCUACUAGAUAUCCAACUAAAAAAGGCGAAAGACCUGGUGAAGAAUCCCCAAGUGAUGAAAAGGAUGACCCACUGGAUCCAAACGAAGCAAAUGAUGGGCAAAAGCCAAUAAGAAAUCCCGGAAUAUCUGGUACAAAACGACCACGUGAUCCAAAUCAACCCUCAGAUGGACACGAACCAACGGAUCAAGACGAAAAUCCUGGCACUAGACAUCCAACCGGAAAAGACAAAAGACCUGAUAAAGAAUCGCCAAGUGAUGAAAAGGAUGACCCACUGGAUCCAAACAAAGCAAAUGAUGGGCAAAAGCCAAUAAGAAAUCCCGGAAAAUCUGGUACAAAACGACCACGUGUUCCAAAUCAACCCUCAGAUGGACGUGAACCAAAUGAUCAAGACGAAAAACCUGGCACUAGACAUCCAACCGGAAAAGACAAAAGACCUGAUAAAGAAUCACCAAGUGAUGAAAAGGAUGACCCACUGGAUCCAAACGAAGCAAAUGAUGGGCAAAAGCCAAUAAGAAAUCCCGGAAAAUCUGGUACAAAACGUCCACGUGAUCCAAAUCAACCCUCAGAUGGACGCCAACCAACUGAUCAAGACGAAAAACCUGGCACUAGACAUCCAACCGGAAAAGGCAAAAGACCUGAUAAAGAAUCACCAAGUGAUGAAAAGGAUGACCCACUGGAUCCAAACGAAGCAAAUGAUGGGCAAAAGCCAAUAAGAAAUACUGGAAAAUCUGGUACAAAACGACCACGUGAUCCAAAUCAACCCUCAGAUGGACGCGAACCAACGGAUCAAGACGAAAAUCCUGGCACUAGACAUCCAACCAGAAAAGACAAAAGACCUGAUAAAAAAUCACCAAGUGAUGAAAAGGAUGACCCACUGGAUCCAAACGAGGCAAAUGAUGGGCAAAAGCCAAUAAGAAAUCCCGCAAAAUCUGGUACAAAACGACCACGUGAUCCAAAUCAACCCUCAGAUGGACGUAAACCAACUGAUCAAGACGAAAAACCUGGCACUAGACAUCCAACCGGAAAAGACAAAAGACCUGAUAAAGAAUCACCAAGUGAUGAAAAGGAUGACCCACUGGAUCCAAACAAAGCAAAUGAUGGGCAAAAGCCAAUAAGAAAUCCCGGAAAAUCUGGUACAAAACGACCACGUGAUCCAAAUCAACCCUCAGAUAGACGCAAACCAACUGAUCCAGACAAAAAACCUGCUACUAGAUAUCCAACUAAAAUAGGCGAAAGACCUGGUGAAGAAUCCCCAAGUGAUGAAACGGAUGACCCACUGGUACCAAAUGAACCAAAUGAUGGGCAAAAUCCAAUAAGAAAUCCCGGAAAAUCUGGUACAAAACGACCACGUGAUCCAAAUCAACCCUCAGAUGGACGUGAACCAACUGAUCAAGACGAAAAACCUGGCACUAGACAUCCAACCGGAAAAGACAAAAGACCUGAUAAAGAAUCACCAAGUGAUGAAAAGGAUGACCCACUGGAUCCAAACAAAGCAAAUGAUGGGCAAAAGCCAAUAAGAAAUCCCGGAAAAUCUGGUACAAAACGACCACGUGAUCCAAAUCAACCCUCAGAUGGACUUCAACCAACUGAUCAAGACGAAAAACCUGGCACUAGACAUCCAACCGGAAAAGACAAAAGACCUGACAAAGAAUCACCAAGUGAUGAAAAGGAUGACCCACUGGAUCCAAACGAAGCAAAUGAUGGGCAAAAGCCAAUAAGAAAUCCCGCAAAAUCUGGUACAAAACGUCCACGUGAUCCAAAUCAACCCUCUGAUGGACGCCAACCAACUGAUCAAGACGAAAAACCUGGCACUAGACAUCCAACCGGAAAAGACAAAAGACCUGAUAAAGAAUCACCAAGUGAUGAAAAGGAUGACCCACUGGAUCCAAACGAAGCAAAUGAUGGGCAAAAGCCAAUAAGAAAUCCCGGAAAAUCUGGUACAAAACGUCCACGUGACCCAAAUCAACCCUCUGAUGGACGCCAACCAAUUGAUCAAGACGAAAAACCUGGCACUAGACAUCCAUCCGGAAAAGGCAAAAGACCUGAUAAAGAAUCACCAAGUAAUGAAAAGGAUGACCCACUGGUUCCAAACGAAGAAAAUGAUGGGCAAAAGCCAAUAAGAAAUCCCGGAAAAUCUGGUACAAAACGACCACGUGAUCCAAAUCAACCCUCAGAUGGACGUGAACCAACUGAUCAAGACGAAAAACCUGGCACUAGACAUCCAACCGGAAAAGGCAAAAGACCUGAUAAAGAAUCACCAAGUAAUGAAAAGGACGACCCACUGGUUCCAAACGAAGAAAAUGAUGGGCAAAAGCCAAUAAGAAAUCGCGGAAAAUCUGGUACAAAACGACCACGUGAUCCAAAUCAACCCUCAGAUGGACGUGAACCAACUGAUCAAGACGAAAAACCUGGCACUAGACAUCCAACCGGAAAAGGCAAAAGACCUGAUAAAGAAUCACCAAGUGAUGAAAAGGAUGACCCACUGGAUCCAAACGAAGCAAAUGAUGGGCAAAAGUCAAUAAGAAAUCCUGUAAAAUCUGGUACAAAACGACCACGUGAUCCAAAUCAACCCUCAGAUGGACGCGAACCAACGGAUCAAGACGAAAAUCCUGGCACUAGACAUCCAACCAGAAAAGACAAAAGACCUGAUAAAGAAUCACCAAGUGAUGAAAAGGAUGACCCACUGGAUCCAAACGAGGCAAAUGAUGGGCAAAAGCCCAUAAGAAAUCCCGGAAAAUCUGGUACAAAACGACCACGUGAUCCAAAUCAACCCUCUGAUGGACGCCAACCAACUGAUCAAGACGAAAAACCUGGCACUAGACAUCCAACCGGAAAAGACAAAAGACCUGAUAAAGAAUCACCAAGUGAUGAAAAGGAUGACCCACUGGAUCCAAACGAAGCAAAUGAUGGGCAAAAGCCAAUAAGAAAUCCCGGAAAAUCUGGUACAAAACUACCCCGUGAUCCAAAUCAACCCUCAGAUAGACGCAAACCAACUGAUCCAGACAAAAAACCUGCUACUAGAUAUCCAACUAAAAAAGGCAAAAGACCUGGUGAAGAAUCCCCAAGUGAUGAAACGGAUGACCCACUGGUACCAAAUGAACCACAUGAUGGGCAAAAUCCAAUAAGAAAUCCCGCAAAAUCUGGUACAAAACGACCACGUGAUCCAAAUCAACCCUCAGAUGGACGUGAACCAACUGAUCAAGACGAAAAACCUGGCACUAGACAUCCAACCGGAAAAGACAAAAGACCUGAUAAAGAAUCACCAAGUGAUGAAAAGGAUGACCCACUGGAUCCAAACAAAGCAAAUGAUGGGCAAAAGCCAAUAAGAAAUCCCGGAAAAUCUGGUACAAAACGACCACGUGAUCCAAAUCAACCCUCAGAUGGACCUGAACCAACUGAUCAAGACGAAAAACCUGGCACUAGACAUCCAACCGGAAAAGGCAAAAGACCUGAUAAAGAAUCACCAAGUAAUGAAAAGGACGACCCACUGGUUCCAAACGAAGAAAAUGAUGGGCAAAAGCCAAUAAGAAAUCCCAGAAAAUCUGGUACAAAACGGCCACGUGAUCCAAAUCAACCCUCAGAUGGACGUGAACCAACUGAUCAAGACGAAAAACCUGGCACUAGACAUCCAACCGGAAAAGGCAAAAGACCUGAUAAAGAAUCACCAAGUGAUGAAAAGGAUGACCCACUGGAUCCAAACGAAGCAAAUGAUGGGCAAAAGCCAAUAAGAAAUCCUGGAAAAUCCGGUACAAAACGACCACGUGAUCCAAAUCAACCCUCAGAUGGACGCGAACCAACGGAUCAAGACGAAAAUCCUGGCACUAGACAUCCAACCAGAAAAGACAAAAGACCUGAUAAAGAAUCACCAAGUGAUGAAAAGGAUGACCCACUGGAUCCAAACGAGGCAAAUGAUGGGCAAAAGCCCAUAAGAAAUCCCGGAAAAUCUGGUACAAAACGACCACGUGAUCCAAAUCAACCCUCUGAUGGACGCGAACCAACUGAUCAAGACGAAAAACCUGGCACUAGACAUCCAACCGGAAAAGGCAAAAGACCGGAUGAAGAAUCACCAAGUGAUGAAAAGGAUGACCCACUGGAUCCAAACGAGGCAAAUGAUGGGCAAAAGCCCAUAAGAAAUCCCGGAAAAUCUGGUACAAAACGACCACGUGAUCAUAAUCAACCCUCUGAUGGAAGCGAACCAACUGAUCAAGACGAAAAACCUGGCACUAGACAUCCAACCGGAAAAGGCAAAAGACCGGAUAAAGAAUCACCAAGUGAUGAAAAGGAUGACCCACUGGAUCCAAACAAAGCAAAUGAUGGGCAAAAGCCAAUAAGAAAUCCCGGAAAAUCUGGUACAAAACGACCACGUGAUCCAAAUCAACCCUCAGAUAGACGCAAACCAACUGAUCCAGGCAAAAAACCUGCUACUAGAUAUCCAACUAAAAAAGGCGAAAGACCUGGUGAAGAAUCCCCAAGUGAUGAAAAGGAUGACCCACUGGAUCCAAACGAAGCAAAUGAUGGGCAAAAGCCAAUAAGAAAUCCCGGAAAAUCUGGUACAAAACGACCACGUGAUCCAAAUCAACCCUCAGAUGGACACGAACCAACGGAUCAAGACGAAAAUCCUGGCACUAGACAUCCAACCAGAAAAGACAAAAGACCUGAUAAAGAAUCACCAAGUAAUGAAAAGGACGACCCACUGGUUCCAAACAAAGCAAAUGAUGGCGAAAAGCCAAUAAGAAAUCCUGGAAAAUCUGGUACAAAACGACCACGUGAUCCAAAUCAACCCUCAGAUGGACGUGAACCUACCAUUUCAGAUAAAAGACCUGCCACUAGAUAUCCAACUAGAAAAGGCGAAAGACCUGGUGAAGAAUCAACAAGUGAUGAAAAGGAUGACCCACUGAUUCCAAACAAAGCAAAUGAUGGGCAAAAGCCAAUAAGAAAUCCCAAAAAACCUGAAACUAAAAAGCCAACCAGAAAAUACAUAAAAACAAGUAAAGAAUCAACAAGUGAUGAAGAGGAGGACCUACUGGAUACAAACAAACCAAAAGAUGGUCGAAGUCCAAUUGGAAAACCCCAAAAUCCUGGUAGAAAACUACCACACAAUCCAAAUCAACCUUUAGAUGGACGUAAACCAACUGAUCAAGACGAAAAACCUGGCACUAGACAUCCAACCGGAAAAGACAAAAGACCUGAUAAAGAAACACCAAGUGAUGAAAAUGAUGACCCACUGGAUCCAAAUGAAGCAAAUAAUGGGCAAAAGCCAAUAAGAAAUCCUGGAAAAUAUGGUACAAAACGACCACGUGACCCAAAUCAACCCUCAGGUGGACGCAAGCCAACUGAUUCAGACAAAAGAACUGGCUCUAGACCUUCAACUGGAAAAAACAAAAGACUUGAUGAAGACUCACAAUGUGAUGAAGAGGAGAAGCCACUGGAUCCAAGCGAACCAAAUCUUUGGCGAAGGCCUUCUAGAAAACCUCAAAAAACUGGUACUAUGCAACCAGUAAGUGAUGACCUAAAUCCUGAUGAGAAGCCCAGUAUUAGGCAGCCAGCUAGAAAAUAUAAACACCAAAUACAGCCUGGGCAAGUAUUGAAAAGGAUCAAUCAAUGGAUCCAAGCCAACCAACCUAUACAUCGAACACCAUCAGGUGAACCCAAAAGACCUGGUGAGCAAACUGUGGGUAAUGAUCAAACACCUGAUGACAUCUUGCCAUCUGGUAUUAAACCUACACAAGAUGCAUAUCAACCUUUAGAUGGACGUAGACCAUAUUAUCCAAAGAGGAAACCUGGUGGACAGCUAAGCAGAAAGGACCAAAGACCAGGUGAAGACUCGCCAAGUAAUGAUGAGGAGCUGCCACGGAUUCCAAACAAACCAACAGAUGAGUUAAGGGCAACUGGUAAACCCAAAAGAUUUGGUAGCAAGCAACCUGUAGAUGGUGAUCUAAGACCAAAGAAAAAGUUUCUGCCUCAUUUAAAAGAGUUAUAUGACUUAAAUAUACUGUUAGGCAGAAGCAAAGCAAAAGAUCCAAACACUAUUAGUCAGCCAAAGAUCAAAGAUGAUAUGAGGAUUGGUAAAAUGCUGAAGAUGAUAAAUGACUGGGUCCAAACCAAUUUACUUAAGGAAAAAAGGCAAACUGGUGAACCUGAAAGUCCUAGUACAAAGCAUUCUCUAGGUGAUGAUGAAAAAUUUCUGCCUGGUGCCAACCAGCCACAUUAUCCUAAUCAGCCCUCAGGUAGACACACACCAACUUAUCCAAAAUAUAAACCUGGUACUAGACAGCGUAUCAAUAAGAUUAAAGACCUGAUAAAAAUUAACCAAAUUUUAAAGUUGAUCAGACACUUGAUCCAAGCCACUCAUCUAACGAGGCAAAGUCCAACUGACAAACCAAAAAGACCUAGUACUGUAAGCGAUGAUUCAGGACUUGAUGAAAAGUUGCAAUCUAGUGGAGAACAGCCACGUGAUCCAAAUCAACCCUCAGAUGGACGCAAACUAAAUGAUCCAAAGGACAGUCUUGAUACUAGGCAUUCAACCAGAAAGGGCCAAAGGCCGGAAGACUCUCCAACUGAUGACGAGGAGCAGCAACUGGAUCCAAAUCAUCCAACUAAGGUAAUUGGAUCCUGUUCAACUACUGCCAGAGAUCUUCAGGAAUCAAUUUCAAUUGUUCAAUGUCCAGCUGAGUGCCAGGUGAACGGAGGAAGUGUUUGGGGAACCGGUGACUACACAGAUGAUUCCUCAAUAUGUAAAGCAGCUAUCCAUGCUGGAUUACUGGGUAAUAAUGGAGGACUGGUGACAGUGAAACAAACACCUGGACAACAGAGUUACAGUGGAUCAGAAAAGAAUGGAGUCAAAACAAGCAAUUAUGGAUCUUGGUCUGGGUCAUUUGUAUUCCAUGGUUCUUCAAAACCACCAACUCUUGAACCUACAGAAGUACAGACCCAAAAACAACCAGUAAUUGGAACCUGUUCAACUACUGCCAGAGAUCUUCAGGAAUCAAUUGCAAUUGUUCAAUGUCCAGCUGAGUGCCAGGUGAACGGAGGAAGUGUUUGGGGAACCAAUGACUACACAGAUGAUUCCUCAAUAUGUAAAGCAGCUAUCCAUGCUGGAAUUCUGGGUAAUAAUGGAGGACUGGUGACAGUGGAACAAACACCUGGACAAAAGAGUUACAGUGGAUCAGAAAAGAAUGGAGUCGAAACAAGCAAUUAUGGAUCUUGGUCUGGGUCAUUUGUAUUCCAUGGUUCUUCAAAACCACCAACUCCUGAACCUACAGAAGUACCGACCCAAAAACCACCAGUAAUUGGAUCCUGUUCAACUACUGCCAGAGAUCUUCAGGAAUCAAUUUCAAUUGUUCAAUGUCCAGCCGAGUGCCAGGUGAACGGAGGAAGUGUUUGGGGAACCGGUGACUACACAGAUGAUUCUUCAAUAUGUAAAGCAGCUAUCCAUGCUGGAAUUCUGGGUAAUAAUGGAGGACUGGUGACAGUGAAACAAACACCUGGACAACAGAGUUACAGUGGAUCAGAAAAGAAUGGAGUCGAAACAAGCAAUUAUGGAUCUUGGUCUGGGUCAUUUGUAUUCCAUGGUUCUUCAAAACCACCAACUCCUGAACCUACAGAAGUACCGACCCAAAAACCACCAGUAAUUGGAUCCUGUUCAACUAGUGCCAGAGAUCUUCAGGAAUCAAUUGCAAUUGUUCAAUGUCCAGCUGAGUGCCAGGUGAACGGAGGAAGUGUUUGGGGAACCAAUGACUACACAGAUGAUUCCUCAAUAUGUAAAGCAGCUAUCCAUGCUGGAUUACUGGGUAAUAAUGGAGGACUGGUGACAGUGGAACAAACACCUGGACAACAGAGUUACAGUGGAUCAGAAAAGAACGGAGUCAAAACAAGCAAUUAUGGAUCUUGGUCUGGGUCAUUUGUAUUCCAUGGUUCUUCAAAACCACCAACUCUUGAACCUACAGAAGUACCGACCCAAAAACCACCAGUAAUUGCAUCCUGUUCAACUACUGCCAGAGAUCUUCAGGAAUCAAUUGCAAUUGUUCAAUGUCCAGCUGAGUGCCAGGUGAACGGAGGAAGUGUUUGGGGAACCAAUGACUACACAGAUGAUUCCUCAAUAUGUAAAGCAGCUAUCCAUGCUGGAUUACUGGGUAAUAAUGGAGGACUGGUGACAGUGGAACAAACACCUGGACAACAGAGUUACAGUGGAUCAGAAAAGAAUGGAGUCGAAACAAGCAAUUAUGGAUCUUGGUCUGGGUCAUUUGUAUUCCAUGGUUCUUCAAAACCACCAACUCCUGAACCUACAGAAGUACCGACCCAAAAACCACCAGUAAUUGCAUCCUGUUCAACUACUGCCAGAGAUCUUCAGGAAUCAAUUGCAAUUGUUCAAUGUCCAGCUGAGUGCCAGGUGAACGGAGGAAGUGUUUGGGGAACCAAUGACUACACAGAUGAUUCCUCAAUAUGUAAAGCAGCUAUCCAUGCUGGAUUACUGGGUAAUAAUGGAGGACUGGUGACAGUGGAACAAACACCUGGACAACAGAGUUACAGUGGAUCAGAAAAGAAUGGAGUCGAAACAAGCAGUUAUGGAUCUUGGUCUGGGUCAUUUGUAUUCCAUGGUUCUUCAAAACCACCAACUCCUGAACCUACAGAAGUACCGACCCAAAAACCACCAGUAAUUGGAUCCUGUUCAACUACUGCCAGAGAUCUUCAGGAAUCAAUUGCAAUUGUUCAAUGUCCAGCCGAGUGCCAGGUGAACGGAGGAAGUGUUUGGGGAACGGGUGACUACACAGAUGAUUCCUCAAUAUGUAAAGCAGCUAUCCAUGCUGGAUUACUGGGUAAUAAUGGAGGACUGGUGACAGUGGAACAAACACCUGGACAACAGAGUUACAGUGGAUCAGAAAAGAAUGGAGUCGAAACAAGCAAUUAUGGAUCUUGGUCUGGGUCAUUUGUAUUCCAUGGUUCUUCAAAACCACCAACUCCUGAACCUACAGAAGUACUGACCCAAAAAACACCAGAAGUGAAUGUGGAUAUUAACGUUGUAGAUGAAAUAAAUGUGUAUAUUAACUCUUCAGAAGAAGUGAAUGUGGAUAUUAACGUUGUAGAUGAAGUGAAUGUGGAUAUUAACUCUUCAGAAGAAGUGAAUGUGGAUAUUAACGUUGUAGAUGAAGUGAAUGUGUAUAUUAACUCUUCAGAAGAAGUGAAUGUGGAUAUUAACGUUGUAGAUGAAGUGAAUGUGGAUAUUAACUCUUCAGAAGAAGUGAAUGUGGAUAUUAACGUUGUAGAUGAAGUGAAUGUGGAUAUUAAUGUUGUAGAUGAAGUGAAUGUGGAUAUUAACUCUUCAGAAGAAGUGAAUGUGGACUCUUCAGAAGAAGUGAAUGUGGAUAUUAACAUUGUAGAUGAAGUGAAUGUGGAUAUUAACUCUUCAGAAGAAGUGAAUGUGGAUGUUAACUCUUCAGAAGAAGUGAAUUUGGAUUUUAACUCAGUAGCUGGGAACGGGGAUAUGAUCUCUGGAGGAGGAAUAAGUAUGGGUGUAAACUUCGGAGCUGGAAACUGGGAUAUGAUCCCUGGAGGAGGAAUGAAUGUGGGUGCAAACUUCGGAGCUGGAACGCAAUUUGAUGCAACCUCACAAACAGGAAUGGGUUUUGGUGUUAAUUCUGGAGCUGGAAUGAACUGGGGUGCAAACUCAGGAGCAGGAAUGAACAUGGGUGGAGCCGGAAUGGGUUUUGGUGGUAAUUCUGGAGCUGGUAUGAAUUGGAAUGCAAAACAAGGAACAGGAAAUAAACAGCAAAUGGGACAAAUACAAACAGGAAACAAACAGGGAAUGGGACUUCCACCAGCCGGAAACAAACAGGGAAUGGGACUUCCACCAGCAGGAAACAAACAGGGAAUGGGACUUCCAUCAGGAGGAAACAAACAGGGAAUGGGACUUCCACCAGCAGGAAACAAAUGGGAAAUUGGAUUUCCACCUGCAGGAAACAAACAGGGAAUGGGACUUCCAUCAGGAGGAAAUAAACAGGGAAUGGGACUUCCAUCAGGAGGUUCCAAAGUAUAUGGAAAUCCAUUGCAAGGCAAAGCACAGACAUCAAAAGGACAAUUUCCUAAUCGUCGGGGUUAAACAAUCCACAUUUUGAAAUCUGAACUAUUGCUGUAGGUAUUAGAAAAAUGUGCUUUUUGAAUUGGACAGUGUUGCUUGCAUUUUAAACAGAACAGAUCUCUUUAUAAAAUGUCUGUAAUAUGCGCCUUACCAUAAAAAACUAUUGCCUGGCUCAAAAUAUUAAGCUUUGCUUUUGCAAUGCCCUUGCUGGUGGAAAUAAAAGCUAAAUGACGAUACAA